AUGGAGAAGGAUUUCCCAUCAACACCCACCCCUGUCAACACCCAGGGGUCAUGCCCUGUCCUGGAUGGAUCCUCCCCUCCCUCCCCCACACAGAUUCCUCCCUCGACCGUCUCCAGUAACCUCUCCGCUACACCCUCUCAGCCCGCCAAAUCUCCAUCCUCCCCGGAAACAACAGAACCCAGAAAAUCCUCCUAUGCCUCUCCACGAUCAGCUCAAACCACAUCUAAACCACUGGACCCCCCUCCUUCUUUAGACAGAACAAAACACCACUUGUUCCUCCUCCUAAACAACCUACCCCUCAAAUCUCCAAAAUUUCACCCUUUUCCAAGCUCACCUCUGCCUCCACUACUUCAGCCAGCAGCAUGGCCUGUAACACUCAGACAGAUCCCCCUCCUUCUUCCUCCACCACUGCUUCCGCCACAAGCUCCUGCAACUUCUUCCACCGCCCCCGCAAAACGCACCUUUGCCUCCAUGGCCAAGCGGGUGAUAAUGCAGGAAAGACUUAGAAAAGCAGAGGAAGAAGAUGCCCAUGAUGAAGAGGAUGAUGAUGAAGAACCAGAGGAGGAUUUGUCCAUGGAGCAGAUGGAAGAGAAGGCCAAAGCCGGUGAUGCCAGAGCUCAGACGCGACUGGGUCAGCACUACUUGAUUCUCGCUGAAGAGAAGGACGCAGAGGUAAAUAAUCAUCUGGCUGUUAAUUGGUUGAUCAAAGCAGCUAAACAGGGAAGAAAAGGAGCAGCAAGAGCACUGCAGCGCUGUUGGAUUCAGAAAAAAGGAAUUACUCCAGAGAAUGAGGCCGAUGUGCGCAAGUUGUCGACAGAGAGUAAGUUUGAGCUGGCAGUACGCAAGGCAGCCAUGAUGAUGUACUUUAAGCUCAACCCGGAGAGGAAAAAGAAGGUGGCUGUGGCUGAGAUGCUGGAAAAUGUCAGCCAAGUCAAUGCAGGGCAGGGUGGCACUGCAAGCAGCAUUCCUGGACCAACCUCAGGCCAGACUCAGAAAGUGUUGGAAAGCAUGGUCAGCAAUGAGGCCAAACAGUUGGUGGACUUGGAUGACUUUGUUGAGAUGACAAAAAAGUAUGCACAAGGUAUUGUCCCCCCCACACCCCCAAAUGGCAGCCAGGUCACAGCCAAGACUGAGAGCCCUACACUUCUCUAUAGUGGUGACAAGCACAAGACUGAGGUGGUCCCAUCAGGAUGCAAGAAGUCCCACAAAAGUUCUUGGGGUUUUGGCCCAAGUGGGAUGAUGCUCGACACCAAGCAGACUGGGGCCAUAAAAAAAGCCAUGGACAUGAAAUCACGCUUAAUGAUACUGCAGUACCCGUUUCAUGCCAUUGUAGAAAUGAAGGAGCACCUGGUCGACUGGGCAUCGCGGGCCGGGGUCCAGUGGCUGAGCACAAUCAUCCCCACACAGCACGUCAACGCGCUUAUCUUCUUCUUCAUCAUCAGCAGCCUGACAGUUGACUUGUUUGCUUUUGUCAUCCCCCUGCUCGUGUUCUACCUCUCCUUCAUCUCUAUGAUCAUCUGCACGUUGCGUGUUUUUAAGAGCAGCAAGACGUGGGAGAACUUCAGCGCCCUGACGUGUUUGCUGACCCGUUUUGAACCUGGGUUAGAUGUGGAGCAGGCAGAGACCAACUUUGGCUGGAACAACCUGGAGCCGUACCUCUAUUUUAUCGUCUCAGUCUUCUUUGUCAUUUUCUCCUUCCCUGUAGCUGACAAAGGCUGGAUCCCCUGUUCUGAACUCUCUACUGUGGCCAUCUUCUUCACUGCUGUCAGCUACAAGAGCCUCAGCCCCACCGCUGCGACGUAUGCACGCCGAGCAAUGGUCAUAGAGGUAGCAUCAUCUCUGUGUUGCCUGACCCAGUUCCUGCCAGAGAACAUGACAGCGCUUCGUUUUCUGGGACGCACCUUCACCACAGUGCCACUAGGGGAGUCUGUGGUGCUGAAGCUCAGUCUCCCCUGCCUGCUUUAUGUUUACCUGUUCUACCUGUUCUUCAGCAUGGCAAGGAUGCGUGGUUUCCGGGGGACAUACUGCUUCCUGGUUCCAUACCUUGUGUGCUUUAUGUGGUGUGAGUUCUCCGUAGUGCUCCUCCAGAGUUCCUCUGCUGUGGGUCUAAUCCGCACCUGCGUGGCCUACUUUCUCUUCCUGUUUGCGCUUCCUGUUCUGGCUUUUGGCCUGGCCAUCAUGCUCUUCAUUCAACUAUUCAAGUGGUUCCUCGAGCUGGAACUGACGAAGAUGAUCGUGACCCUGGUCGUGUGUGCGAUCCCUGUCACCCUGCGACUCUGGACACGGUUCAGCAUGUCUAUUCUCGAUGUCUUCCGCUCGCUGACCCACCGCGGCCCAGUCAAACUCAUCUUACUCUGCAUCUCCAUGGUGAUCUUGUUCUUCUCUGUCUAUGUGUACCAUGCAGAGGGGCAGAAAGUGUACAACUCCACACUGACCUGGAACCAGUACAGUCAGGCAUGCGGGCCUCCUGCCUGGGAAACUAAAGGCAUGGCCCAGACGCAGAUCUUCUGUAGCCACCUUCAUGGACACAGAAUCACUUGGGCCGGGCGUUUCAAGCAUGUCCGUGUGGCUGAGACAGAGAAUGGGGCGCAGGCUGUCAUUAACAUGUUGCCAGUGUUCAUGGGAGACUGGCUGCGCUGCCUGUACGGAGAGACCUAUCCCAAAUGCGAGCCAAAAAAUGCAACGGCAGCAAACCUUACAGCCGCAGAUUUGGCAGCCAGUUCUGCGUCAGCUACUGUUUUACUGCCCAUGCUGCUCCGAAUGCAAGAGGAGGAAGAGUUGUGUCAGAUCAAGGCUCUGGCCAAACACACCUGCCAUGUAAAGCGCUUUGACAGCUACCGAUUUGAGGUGACAGUAGGAAUGAUAAGAGAUGGAAGCCUGGUGGCGGAGGACCCAGCCAGGGAUAUAAUCUUAAUGGCUAGUAAUGAGUUCAAACAGGUUCUGCUAAAUCUGAACCCUGGUAAUAUGGUGGAGUUCAGCACCAAGCUGGAAGGCCGCCUUGGAGCCAGAGCCCCGGCCUUCGAGUUGAAGGCUAUCCACUGUCUGGACUGCGUUUCUUCAGUGUUGACUGGAGGCAGGCAGGUGAAGAUAGAGAGAGACUGGAGACGCACAACAAUGAGAGCCCUGAAGUUUGCAUUUGACUUUUUCUUUUCUCCGUUCCUGUCUGCAAAAAUCACUGGCUGAGAAGGAAGACAGUAGCGUUCCUAAAGGUGCAUUUACGUACACGUCACACCCCUAGCCGAAUGAGUGGUGCGUUUUAAGGAGCAAUAUGGCGUACUCACCGUAAGAGGUCCCAGCCGUCCGACUGUCCAUGUAGUCUGUCAGCCCCUGGCAGCGUGAAAAAGUCCGACAAUUUAUCUAUUUACCGUUCACCGUUCUUGCAUCCAGCCCGCUGGUUAACCCCACAAACCCGCAACACCUGGCCGUCUUUCCCGCUCACACUGCCGCGCCGGCAUACGAGCUAGAGAUAACGCCGGAGUUCCUACGGUGUUUCCGGUGAGUGCGCCAUGUUGUUUUUUUUAAAACGCGCCAUUCAUUCAGCUAAAGGUGUGUGAGUGUGACGUAGGGGAGGUGCGUCCUUAAAGGAGCAGAUCGCCACAGCACAGUGAAGCAAGUCUUUCUUGUGAUGUGACUACCAUGUUACCUAUAGUGUUGUUUACAUACUUAUCUAACAUGGAUCUACAGCUCAUGUUUAUGCACUGACAUCUCAACAAGGUGAAAUCUUCCAGGAUAUGUUUUAAUAUUUUUGACAGUACUUCCUGUGCAUGAGUUUACAAAGACUGUACUAUUUCAGUUCAUGUACCUCUAAAGCAGUUCAAGAAUGGCCAGAUGCCAACAUUCGGUUUGUUUUUUCAACUACAAGUCAACAAGAAAAUAUUUAUCAAUUAUCAAUCAAGCUUUCAAAGUUCACAGGUGUUUUAUAACAAACUAGACAAAAACCUCUUACAGUGUUGGAGAGAUUAUAUACAAGGAAGCAAAUUUUGGGUGCUGACUAUUUCUGAAAAACUAGAGAUACUGUGCAUUUCUUAAAAAUAAGAUGGAUAUUUUGAAUAGAGUGAAAUUGAUCUUUUAUAGAUUAAUGUGUUGCUGCUUUUGUAUCAAGGAAUUUCUUACAUGUAUAGUGAAUUUGUCCAGUAUGUAUGUAUAGCUGUGUGUGUAUACAUUAGUACAAUUUUAAAUGUACAUUUACCUGUUUAUUUAUAGGUGUUCAUAUUGGUUGUGUGAAGAAUAUCUGUUUCUGGCUCUGUCGGCCAUGAUUUUUUUUUUUUUUUUUGCAUUGCGGUCUUAAAAUUUUCUGGUCUUAAUCUUAUAUUUAGUUAGUGAUCAGAGUUCCCUAUCCUUUGAGCUACAGUGCACACAAAGUUGCAAAUGGAAAGCCAAUAUAUGAAACGUCGAUACAGUAUUUUAUGUUUGCAGUGAGGCUGUUUAUGGUAAGCCCACAAACUUGGCAGUGCAUGCAGCUGUCUCAGUUUCACAGUUAUUACGCACUCAUACCCCAAAAUACCACUUCAGAGAUGUCAUGACCAGUGAUGGCUCUUGCUGUUUGUGCCAACCUGUGCAGCAGUUUAAUAUGACUGAGUGGGAGGGGUGUCACAAGUCCUCACAUUACUAGAUUUUAUUUAUGGUAUCUCAACUAGACAUGGCAACAAAACAUUUGACAGUGUUCAUUCCAUAGAAAUAGGGCUACUAGUGAGAAUAUUUAGAAUGAGAUGUUUUGCCUCAUACUGCAACGUGCCUUUAGAUUUCCCUGAUGUCAUGAUAAUUUCCUCACAUUUAAGAGGACAAAAUAUAUUUCACAGUUUUUUACUUUUAUUUUUAUCACAACCCAGUGGGAAUUCUCCUACUUCUUAAGCAAAAUAAACAAUUUAAAAAGUGGUUAUUAGAAUUGGCUUUUCUGAAAAAUGCAUUGUGCCAAAGUUGUAAAUGGGCCUGGGCAUGGUUUUCACCAGACAGCAACGUUUUGCUGAGCUGUAUUAGAAGUACUAAUCAGAUGAUCAACAUCUAACACAUGCAGCACAUGAAAACCCAUAUAUGUGUACUGCACCUGUGAAUGAUAAUCAGUGAAGUUGUGGCUAUAUACAGUGAAUUUGAGUGCCUAUUUAUCUGGUGAUGGAGUGUAUGGGAGUGUGCUAUUAGUAUUCAUUAAAGUGCUUGAUGUUAAAACAAAA